AUGGAAGAACCCACGAACUUCAAUAGGGUCUUAACAGCUAAAACAGUGAGUUUGCAGUGGAGAGAUGUCUCUGAACAUGAAAAUGGCAAUGAGAUAUAUGAGGAUAAUGAAGGGAAUUUUCAUGGGUUUGAGUAUGGUAAUGGUAGUGAAGUUGGGGUUGAAAGUGAGAUUGAAUAUUUAACUAUCCCACCACCACGACCCACUGACUUUGAAUUAGAAGAAGAAGAGUAUGCUCAAGACAUAGAAGGAGAGAAGAAUGUUGAUAUUCCCAUUGAUCCCAACACAUGGUGGACCUCUGUGACAACUUUGUGCACUGAAACACUAGAAGUGGAAGAUGGUAUUGACAGUGAAGAAGAUCUAGCUAGCUUGGCAAGUGAUGAUGAUGAUCCAAGUGUUCGAAAAAGGGGGUUUAAAGAGUACAAUCCAAAGACAAAAUGGGAAGACUUCAAGUUCACACUAGGCAUGCAAUUUGGCACUGUUUAUCUACUGAGAACAGCCAUUAAGGAGUAUUUCAUUCAAAAUGAUAGAGAGUACAAGUAUGUGGCCAAUGAAUCAUAUCGAGUGAGAGCUAUAUGUAGAGCUAACGGCUGUCCAUGGGUUUUAUAUGCUCAUGUUCUUGGUGAUAAGACAACAUUUAGGGUGAACACACUAGUUGAUUCCCACUUAUGCCCUUUGGUAUUAAACAAUAGACAUGUGGACUCCAAAUGGUUAUCAAAGCACUUAUUGGAACAAUUUAGACUGAAUCCUAAUAUGGAGUACCAAAUAUUUAAAGAACUAACUCAGAAUACCAAGUUUUCUAUGAUAUCUAAGUGGACUUUUUAUAGAACAAAGGAAAAGGCAAUGGAAAAAUUGGAAGGGACUGUGGGAGAGCAAUAUUCCAUUUUAGAUGACUAUUGCAAGCAGUUGGUGGCUACUAAUCCAGGAAGCACAACCAUAUUGAAGACUAGGAUGGAGAAUGAUAAAAGGAUUUUUGAAAGAGUCUAUAUUUGCUUGAAGAGUUGCAAAGAUGGAUUUUUGAAGGGUUGUAGGCCUUUGAUUGGAUUAGAUGGAUGCUUCUUAAAAUGGUAUUGUAAAGGCAUGCUACUUGCUGCUGUUGGGAUUGAUGGAAACAAUAGUAUGUUCCCCAUAGCAUAUGCAGUGUGUGAGAAGGAAAAUACAGACACUUGGACCUGGUUUUGUGAGCUACUCAAAGAAGACUUGAAUGUUGAUAACUCGAUCCAGUUCACAUUCAUAAAUGAUAAGCAAAAAGGCCUUGAAAAUGCAGUUGCUUGUGUUUGGGAAGGAUCUGAAACUAGAAACUGUGUAAGGCAUCUUCACAGCAAUUUCAAAAAAGAGUUUCCUGGAUUGCUCAUGAAGCAGCUAUUGUGGGCUGCUGCAAGGGCAACAACACCUCAAGAAUUUAAGAGGAAGAUGCAUGCAAUUAAGGAUGUCAAUCCAAAUGCAUAUGCUUGGCUAGCUGGUAAGUUGCCUAAUCAAUGGACAAAAUCUCAUUUUCAAGAAACUGUAAAGUGUGACAUGUUAGUCAACAACCUGUGUGAAAGUUUCAAUGCUGCUAUUAUGAUUGCUAGGGAUAAACCUAUUGUGACUUUGUUAGAGAAGGUUAGGCAUUGGCUUAUGUGUAGAUUUUGUGAAAAAAGAGAAAGUGUGGGAAGGUGGAAUCAACCAGUGGGGCCUAGGAUUUUGAAAAUAAUAGAGAAUCUUAAAUUAGUUGCUAGAAAUUGCUUUGCUACUAGGGCUGAUGCAAACAGAUUUGAAGUUAAUCAAGGUGGAAUGAGCCAAAUUUUUGAGGUAGAUCUAGUUAAAAUGACAUGUACUUGUAGGAGGUUUGAGUUGUCAGGUAUACCGUGUGCACAUGCUCUAGCAUGUAUUUGGAGCUGCAACGAUGAUGUCAUGAAUUUUAUCCAUGAGUAUUAUAAGAAAGAACGGUUUGUGGCAGCAUAUGGUGGGGUUGUAGGGCCAAUGCCAAGCCCAGAAAAUUGGCCUGAAACUGGCCUUAACCCUAUUCAAGCUCCUGGUGAAAACAAUCUGCCUGGAAGACCUAAAAAAAAGAGAAGACGGGGUACCGACGAGCCUCCUCCGGGAGCAACAAAGACUAAGAGAACAGGCCAGCAAACAACAUGCAGCAACUGUAAGGAGGUGGGCCACUACAAGAACUCAUGUAAAAAACCCGCUGUUAAGAAGGCUCCAAUUGCAAAGAAAAAUGGAAGACCACCCAGCAAGAAUCCAUCUCAAGAAACUAAAAAGAGAAGAGAAAGAAGACACAAACAACAAGCAAGGGAAGCUGGUCCAAGUUCUUAG